AUGGCUGCAUCUGCCCGCCAAAGGUACGCGGAUGUCUUUCGAGACGUGGAGGCAUUGGUAGACGACCACAUCGCGCACCAGAUCACUCGAUCCCGGUCGAAACUCAGCAUGCUUGUUCCAACUAUCUCUGCCUUCUUUACGCCACUGUACCUCGAGGAAGCUUUUCUGAGGCAGGAUACUGCACGUGCUAUCUCUUCGCGCAGAUUUGUGGCUCCGUCCUUCAACGACAUACGGCUCGUGCUGAACACGGCACAGUUGUUGGCGAUUAUGGCUCCCAAGAGCAGUUCGAUAGACGUCGUCAACGGGACUUCUGAAUCACAGUUGCAACUAUUGACAUUCGAUGGAGAUGUUACGCUAUACGAGGACGGAGCAUCAUUACAUUCACCAGAAGCCAAUCCAGUGAUAAAUCGAUUACUCUAUUUCCUCUCAAAAGGCGUGCGAAUAGCUAUAGUUACAGCGGCAGGGUACACACAACCCAAGAAUUACUUUGACCGUUUAUCAGGACUUUUAGUGGCAGUGAAAGAUUCGACCACUCUAACGCCUGAACAGAAGCAGAAUCUUGUGGUCAUGGGAGGAGAGUCCAACUACUUACUGGUUUUCGACGACGCUGAAGAGUACUGCUUGAGAUAUAUUCAUCGUCGAAACUGGAUACUCGAUGUCAUGUAUACCUGGACGGAAGAAGCCAUACAAUCUCUGCUUGAUAUUGCAGAAGCGGCAUUUGAAUCUUGUAUACGGACGCUGCAUCUAAAAGCCAAAGUCCUUCGCAAAGAGCGAGCGGUCGGCAUAUACGCAGCAGAUCAGGGUAUCAAACUCAAUCGUGAGCAAUUGGAAGAGACAGUCCUCGUGGUCCAAUCAGUCGUCGAGGCCUCAUUGACCUCAACGCCGAAGCCUGCUCAUUCUCACAUCCCAUUUACUGUUUUCAAUGGUGGUGCGGAUGUCUUUCUGGAUGUUGGUGAUAAAUCACUCGGAGUUCAGGCGUGUCAGAAGUGGUUCGGGGGAAUUGGACCAUCAAGCACCUUGCACGUGGGUGACCAGUUUCUGAGUGGUGGCGGCAACGACUUCAAAGCCAGAAAGACUGUAGCCUUACUCGAUGAGAUGAUUUCCUUCGAAAUCAAAAAAUGA